AUUCCCCCUUAAUUCAUCGAUUGCUUUACUUACCGUGUAUAAAUUUAAUUUAAAAUUAAUCUACAAACAUAAUAUUAAUUUUUAAUAGUUAUUUUGGUGUAUAAUUAUAGAAAUAUCUCAAUACUUUUCAAAUAAAAUACCAUUAUGAGCUCAGGUGGAACACGUGUGUAUGUCGGCGGUCUCGUAGAGGGUAUCAAAAAAGAAGAUCUCGAGAGGGAAUUCGAUAAAUAUGGCAAACUGAACUCUGUUUGGGUAGCACUAAAUCCCCCUGGUUUUGCGUUCAUAGAAUUUGAAAACGUGCAGGAGGCAGAGGAUGCGUGUAGCGCGAUGAAUGGAUUUGAAAUGUUAGGCGCGACGUUAAAAGUAGAGCUAUCAAAGAAAAGAGAUGGACCACGUAGGAACGGAGGUAACUUUAGGGGUGGCCGCGGCGGUAACUUCCGAGGCGGACGGUCCUUCGGGGGACCGCCCGGCGGUAACAACAGAUCAUUCGGGAACUCGUACGGUGGCGGGAGGUCGUUCAACCGCAACGGACAGGGUAACGGUUACGGGUCAGGCAGCGGCGGCGGCGGCAACUUCAGAUCUAGGUCGCCCUUAAAUCGCUUCUAAUUUAGUUAUAGAUGUUAAGUUAGGUAUUAGUGUUAUCGUAAUCUGAAGCCUUCCAAGUGUUAAAAUUCAAUGUUUGCUAAUACUAGGGGGUUUUAUAUUGGGAAGAGUUCAUUGUUGUCACAAGGAUGUGAAGGUACCUACGUUACAUUUAAAUUUACCUUGGAUUAAACAAUCGUCUCGAGACAUCUCAUUCGUCAAGAGAAACUCAAGAACAAUCUUCAGUGAUCAUUUAACAUAUUACCUAUGGCCCUACUCUAAGUUACGUAUAAAUAAAAGAUGUCUCUAUAAAUA